AUGGCUACAGGUGCCAGCGGGAUCCCCAGUGCCACGCCACAAAAGCGUACGGCAGCACAGGAUGAGGUGGACAGAUCAUGCCAGAAGGUGCAGUUCCAGCAGAUAUUUGCAUCGCGCAAGGGCUCCCACUACAUACAGAUCCAGACUAAGGAGACUACUGAGCAUACCGGCACGCCAGACCAGAACAGAGCCAGCCAGGCCAUUGAUGAGCUGGAGCGAUUUUACCAGGAACAGCAACGGCAGACCAGCAAUGUCAUCCAGGCCGGGGAGCACGAUGAAGCCAACCCAUGGCUGCGGCGGACCAGAUGGCCGGUGUACUUGACCAACAUCGCACCCAAUGAUCUGGUCAACUGCGUCCAGCGGCCCGACGAUGACACCACGUGCCCAGAUGAACUGGCCGCGAGGGCCAUCUGGGAGGCCAUGGGUCAGGUUGCCCGUACCAGCCAGCGAGUCAUCACACGGCUGGGCCACUUCGUCCGCAUCGAGGCCAUCCGCACAGAGCGACACCAGACCCGGCACACCCCGUUGCAGGCGUACAUGGACGAGGAGAGCAUCGCCGAGCACGUGAGGCCAUGGCAGCAGAUGUUGAUGUUUUUCGCCCGAACGCAGGUCGAGCAUGAAUGGACGAGCCCACAGUACCGGUUCACACCACGGCAGCGCAAGACAUGGAGGGUAUUAUGGCAGGUAGCCACCACAGAGGGAGCCGACCAGCGACACUCCAUCAGCCCAGACCCCAUGGAUGAGCAGAUGACUGAGGAAGAAGAAGAGGAGGAGGAGAAGGGACAGAGAGAUACCCAGCCAGAAGAAGAAGAUAAGUUCAAAUUAACCAAGAUGCAGAUGGGCAUGUUUGGAUUUUUGCAUUGA